AAGACGGACGUUUGUAGCUGAUCAUAUCCAAAUACAAAGAUUCAACAAUUUGUGGUUGCACAGUCGGAAUGCAAAAAACCCAUCGUCAUUUCCGCAUAUACGAGUAUUGUAAUUUUGCUGAUACUACUACUGCUCGCUAAUUAACAUAAAUGUACACCAACUAAUGUGUAAAAUGUUGACGUCUGCGUAGCUAUUGUUUGUCGACAGAUUGAACAGCGAAAGAACAUCGCUGGCGGGUCGUCGUGAUGUACGGUGGAGGUGGAGUAUUGUGCGUUGGCAAGAGAGGAAAAUGAACAGUGUUUAUUAAGCUGAACUUGCACAUUCUUUAAGGGGAUGAAAACUAAUAGGAGGUAACGAGGUGCUUGAAGAUGUGUUGAAGGAAUUAGAUGUAACUGGUACUGAGAAAGGCAUCUAGUGUGCUACUGCGAAAUAACAAUACGAAUUCCAACAGAGAAAAACUGUGGCGUCGAUUUGUGCAAGCAAAAACUGUUAUGCUCAUAGUAAUAAACAGACUCUCACAACAUAAUUCGGUACCUAUAAGUCCAAGGGGCUUAUAGAUGCAAUGGCGACGAAUGGCGAAAGCAGUCAUCUUGACAGCCAGCUAGACCGGCUAAGUAUAGGAUCCGAGGAAAGCAUUACACGUUCACACAUCGAUGGAGAGCUAAGUAAGGAGGAUGAGGAAGCCUUGGAGAAAUGGGGAUUCCAAUUGAAAGAUCUAUAUCGGCUUGCCCUUAGGUUUUAUAAAGAGAAAGAGGGCAAGGCAGUUCAGUUAUCAUACGAAGCAAAAUGUGGUUUAGUAGCAUUGACAUGCCAAGCGAGGCAUGGGCGUUACAACCCAGGAACUCUCCCACCUCUAGGUGUGCUGGAUGUUAUUGGCAGGGAUCGCAGGUUGGCGUGGCAGCAGUUGGGUACCAUGUCUCCUGAGGAGGCAAUGUGUAACUUUGUGGAGAGGCUAGACAAUCUGUGUCCAUCCUUCGCUCCAUUUAUUGAAGCUCAUAAACGAGAUGUUGAAGAGAAGGAGAGGCUAGCCCGAGAAGAGGAGGAGAGGCAAAGAGAGGAGGAUGAAAGGAGAAGGUUAGAGGAGGCGGCUCGCCAGCAGGAGGAGGAGGAGAGGGCCAAGCAGGAGCUGCAGAGACGUCAAAUCCAGGAAGCUCUGAACCAGCAGACAUUCCACCAGUUCAAAGCAUAUGCUGAGCAGCAGUAUCCUGGAAACCCGGAACAGUUAUGUCGUGAUUUGCAGCAAGCAGUGCUGGUGAGGCAGCUGCAGGAGCAGCACUACCACCAGUACAUGCAGCAGCUCUACAUCCAGCAGCAGCAGCAGCAGCAGCAGCAGGGGAGGGCCGUGCCCGGCGCCAUGGAUGGCGACACAGACGAGCAGGCCAGGCUGCUCCAGCACCUCGGCUCCAACGGCACGCUGUCACCCCGGGGCGAGGACAGUGACGACGAGGACGAAAAUGGAGGUGGUCUGCCAACUCCGUCAGCUGCUUCGAUGUGGACUCGAAAGGACAUACGCGAAUUCAAGGAAGCUAUCCGAAGGGAGUCGGGAGAUGCCAUCAUAAAGGUUGGCCACGGAGAAACAGUAACGGUACGAGUUCCAACACAUGAAGAUGGCACAUGCCUCUUUUGGGAGUUUGCAACAGACAACUACGAUAUUGGUUUCGGAGUAUAUUUUGAAUGGGCGAAACCGACCACCAGUCAAGUUUCUGUUCACAUCGCAGAGAGCGAAGAAGAAGAUGAAGAGGAAUUUGACGACGACGAGGACAAUGACGACCUCGGACUGGGCGAGGACGUCGAGCGAGGGGGCGGUGUCGCGAGCCUGCGGGCGGCAGCGACCGACACGAGCCGCCCGCCACUGUCGGUGAUCGUGCCGGUGUUCCGGCGCGAGUGCCAGCUGGAGGUGUAUGCUGGCAGUCACGUGUACCCGGGCCAGGGCGUCUACCUGCUCAAGUUCGACAAUUCGUACAGCCUAUGGCGCUCCAAGACUCUCUACUACCGCGUCUACUACACGCGGUGAGUGUCCGGCGGGGGAUGUGCGGGCCGCUUGUGGUGGCGGUCGAGCACUGUUCUCCUUUCUUAUUUUGAUUUGUCGUGAAGUUGAAUGCUGCGAGUAAAUGUUAUUUGAAACACGAGUGCAGAUAUCUGCUGUUUGCUAAAUUUUCUGAUUUAACAUUUCUCUGAAUGUGCAAUAAAUUAGGCAGUGAAGCGUUGAAAUGUGUGUCGCAGUAGUAUCUUGUGAGAGACUUUGAUCUGUACAAGGCACGUAGUGGUUCUCUGUUAUCUGAUAUGUUUACUGCCUAAAUAUGUUCAUUUCAGGGAACAAUAAUUUCGGUCCUGUAGUUUUUAACCCGUUUGUUUUGCAGGAAACCACUAUACCCAUUCUCGUCUGCCUUAGUGAUCUCUUGUGCUCAAAAUGUAGUAUACUUAACUUUUAAACUAUCAUUUUUGUUUCAUAUGUGCUUAAAUUUGUGCAUGUCGAUCAAACUGAGAUGUAAAAUUCUUUCCUAGCAAUUUUAACACGCGAAUUCCUUUGUAAAUGUGGGCAUGUGUAAGUUGAUACAAAAGUUGCAGAAUGUGUACAAGUAGAUUCAAUAUGUAAAUGGAAAAAUUGGUGGUGUCAUUCAGAAAGAUUGGAAUAUUUGUGUAUGGAUUUGCUAUGAAUUCUGUGUAUGAAUGCUUUAAUAUUAUUAUUAUUAUUAUUAUUAUUAUUAUUAUUAUUAUAAAUAUGAUAAUGGAAAGUCUCAAGUGAAACAACACCUUUUGUCCUUCCAUUGUUGUUGUUAUUAUAUUUUAUUAUUGUAUAUUAUUCUAGCCCCGGUGAUAUUUAUAGUAUACCCACAGCCUGCCAAUAACAGGUAGAUUGUCAUCUAUGCUGUGCUAUAAUCUGUCAAGCAGGAAUAAUAUAUGUAUACAUUUCUGUUAUUUUUUCACCUGUCUGAAUUGACUUGCUCUGCCUCUCGUACAAUGUCACAUACUUUUUGUAUGUUUUGUCUGGUUACGUGUGUGGACAGUUGAUUAUACAUGCAGUCCUCCUUGAACCAAAAUUCAAAACUCAUCAUGGGUUACGGAGAACUAUAUUACAUUUUUCUUGUAGCAGUUAAGCGUUGUAUUUGAUUUGGAAGUGGCCCUACGAAAAGACCCAUCUUCUAUGUCAAUGUAGACGAAUAACUAGGCACUGUGAACUGAAGCUGCAGUCAGUUUCUUCUUCUUCUUCCUCCUCCUCUUCUUCACUUCAUGUAUUAGGCAAAUUGCCUGGUGCUGUACUCCAUGCCUUGUAUUGCCUUCCUGCAUUCCUUCUUCCAAUGCAUUAGUAAUUCAGAGACUUUACCUGGAAUGUUUCCCCACCCAAAGAGUCUACAUGUUCAAUCCAUUUUAUUUUAUUUUUUGGUGUUAGUUUAUCUAUUCCUAAAUCUUUCUUUAUACCCUCAUUUCAUUUACCAUUGUCUUUUGUACAUCCUUCCUCUUGUCCUACAAACCUGAUUUAUUGACCUGGCAUUCAACUUUCUUGGUGUAUUGUUGUUGUCACCCAUACCCGUCUUCCCCCUUCCCUGUCAGUGUCUUUUAGAAUUAGGUUACUGAGGAAAAUUUGACGUCUGUUAAAACAGUGCCUCUCUUCACAGUUGACCUGAUGACAAAUGAAAAAAGUGUGUUCGGAAGCUUUUGCACCUGGAGUCAAAUUCCAUAAAAUUCUUCUGGUUUGUAGACUGUGUCAUGUCAUAAAAUGUACCAAUAUUUUGGCCACUGUAGCAAGCAGCCUUCAUCAGGGCAUAUAAUAUGUGUUAUACAUGACGCCAUCUACAACCCAGGAAAUUCCAGAAACUGAGGAAAGUGUUAAGCAACACAAGAAUGAUGUGCAGCUGUUUGGACCAUUCCAGCAAUAGCAGUGGCAUCUAAUAGCAAUCUAUCAUUCUGUUAUAACCUGUUAUUGCUGAUUGCUUUGAUCAUGUUCACAAAUAUGCGUGUGGCAAUCUUAAUACUUGAACUUCCAGGUUACACCUAUAACAGCCACAUUGUUUCUUAUGUGCAGCAAUAUGUGAAUACAAUGUCUGAAUUUAUUGGUGGAAUUGAGAAACUUUGUAACAGGAGUGAGAUUUUCAUUGGUAAAUGUCAUAAGUUGAUGUUUGGGAUACCACAAUAUGUUUUGUUACAGAUUGAUUGCUUAUCUCUCAUUCUUGGGUCUUAUUUUUGUGCUUGUUUAAAAGUUGAGAGACAUGUCACAGAAGUAUUGUCUGUUGGUAGUUUUGUAAAUAUUUGCAACUAAUGUCUAUUUUGUUAUUUUUGGUGCUAUACUCUGAAUUAAUAACACUUUUUUCCUAUGGAUAGAAUUGGGUGAGAGGCUGUUCUAAAGUGUCACAUAUAUUAAUUUUACUGAGAAAAAAAAUAGUGUAAGUGUUAUACAGACAUUUAAUAUCAUACUUCUAUACACUGGUAUCUACUGAUGUGUAGUAGCAUAUAUUUUUUGCUGACAGUAUGAAAGGUUAUGCUCUAUGUAUAAUACUACCAUGCUCUUUCACUACAAAUUCUUAUAAUCAUCAGAUGGCUGUACUGUUAAAAAGUUGUGAGUACUCACUUAAAUUUGUGGUAUGCCCACAUUAGUGUGUGUAUAGGUCAGUGGUAUUGUAGUGUCUUAAAUAGAUCUUUUUUCCCCAAUAAUAGGUCAUAAGGUGUCCUCAUCACAAGUGCUCUCAGAUAUGUCUUACGUUCUCAAGUAUUUGUUCCAGAUGCUAAUAUUUAAAGCUUUACCAUAUUUAUUUGAAUUUACUUUUAAUUUGAACUUUGUCCCUGUAACACACACUUUUAUAUCUCAAGUUUAAGUAGGGAAAAAGGAAAUCCUCAGUUAAAAUGCUCCAAUUUUUCUUGUCUAAGUGGAAAGUGACAUUUCUGUUGAAACAGUUUGUUUUUAAGAGGAAAUAAACUUCUUAAGAAAAUGAUGUAUACUUGUGUAGUCAACAUUUGGUCAGAUAUUUAGAAGAUACUUAAGAUCACCUGUCAAUCGAUCAGAAUACUAUACACUUAAAAACAUUUUUGGUUUGACCAAGGAAAUGAAAACUAAGAGAUUUUUUAUUUUUCAAAGUAGUCCCCUUCGAGACAAUAGUCCAGUUGCUUUCCAACUUCAUAAUGUUCCCUAAAAAGUGAUAAAAUUGAGAGCAGUCUCAAUGCCAACAAGUUCUCUUAUCUUCACCUGGAUGUUGCUAAUUGGAGCAUUAUGAAUUUUUGUCACAAUAUACUCAAACAUACCAUGAAAAGCAUGUAUUGUUACUCACCAUAUAGCAGAGUGUUGAGCAGCAGACAGGCACAACAAAAAUACUACUGAACGUGUAAACUUUUAACCCCAGCACCCAGAGACAGUCAUCGUGUGUGUGUGAGCUGUGUUUGCGUUUAUGUGUAUGUUGUCUAUUUCAGAAGGUCUUCUGGCCGAAAGCUUACAUAUUUGGUAGUCUUUUUGUUGUGCCUGUCUGCGACUCAACAUUUCGGCUAUGUGGUGAGUAGCAAUAACUAAAACUUCACUGUGUGUAUUCUAAUGACCCUUAUUUUUUCAAGAUCAUAAUAAUUUGGUCACAUUCGUGCUGUCUGAGAACUUCAAGAGAGUACCCCUCCUAAUGUCACACUUGUCAGAGGCAAGGAUCUUAAUGUGGGAAAUUGAUCACCAUUUUUAAAAGUAUUAAGUAUUGAUCAACACAGUUGGAAAGAGCAUUCCCAAAUUGAUUUGAAGCUUACUUUACAUUUCUCAUAUACUUCCGUAGCUCCCUGAACUUUAAUGUGCAUCAAAAACAGAUUAUUGUGAAGGAAAUAUAGAUUUAAUUUUUUUCCAACAUUUUUAAGUUUUCUGUACUUUCGUUGCUGAUUUUAUUGUGCAACACAUGCAAGUUGCAAAGUUGGAGCCUCAAAUUAUUCCCUAUUGUUUUUAUUGGCAGUGCUUUCAUAUGAAUAAAACCACAUUAAAUUUGUGCUCAAUCCUCUCAGCAUGACCACAUGGGUCAGACACCUUUACUCCUACAGUCCUGGAGUCUGACUUAGUUACCCAAUGUCUUUUAGUAAGGCAAGGUGUAAAUUCUUUUAGGGAAGAAAUAUCAGCCAGAAGAGAGAGACAGAGAGAAGAAAAAAAAGAAUUGACAGCCAAGCUCACCCAUUUUUACUUUUGUAGUCACAGAAUGUUAUACCGAGUAAACCAUGACAUUGUGCUCCAUUUUGCAACCAUCCACUUCCACUUGAAUAAGAACACAUCUAAAACCUUCAGCCAUGCAUUAAACGGUUGAAAUUUUUUUAACACUCACCUAAGAAAGUCUGUUGCCAUUUGUCAGUUGCCGCAGCAGAGGGGGGGAUAAAAGCGACAUUCAGAAAAUGUUGAUGGCAUGUGCUCUCUCACACUAGUUGUACGGUGCACCUGAGUAUCAGACAUGCUUAAAUCUUUAAAAAUGAAGGUUUGUUCUGCAGAUAUCUGAUUUGCAUAAUUUUCAUUUAUGACCAGAAAUGAAAAUGUCAGGGUUUCCAUUGAGAUACCCAAGUGUUGUGCAGAUGCUCAGAAUGGAUGAAAUAUGCACUUUUGAUUCUCACAGUGUGUGUUGCUUGCUACAACCAUUGGACAGUAUUGUACAAAUUAUAUGUUUGUGUUACUGGUGCUCAGUUUUACAUUUUUCUUUUUAAUGAGUGAUGUUGAUGCUUUAUAAUGUAUAAAAUGUGCCUUUGUGUCUCUUGAGUUUUGAAUUCCAGGAAUUGCAUGAAGAAAUAUUGGCCAUACAUUCUAAGAACCAAAAGUUAGGAGAUAAUCCUUAAGUUUUUGCUCCCAUCAUAUCAAACAACUAUCGAUGCCUGUGCAAUCCCUAGCUUGUUUGAAGCAGAUAUGAAGCAGAAAAGUGUGGCCACUGCUCCACUGUGAUUAUUGAAUCAAUUUAUAAUCUGCCCCUCAGUCAAUAUGUGAAUUUGUGAAUAAUGUAAUUAUUAGGUGAAAGUACCCUGUAGAUUUAGCAAAAUUAUUAUGAAUGUGUCUGAAUACAGCUCUUGCUACAUGUACAAGCUUAUUUAGUGAUGUUUUCAUUGAGAUUAUUGGAGCACACACUUCUCUCUGUGAAACCAUUGCUGAUAUGUGAGAGACUGAUAUUGUGGCUGCUCAUUCUUUAGUGCUGUAGUUUUUGGCACAUACAUUUUUCUGAAAGCACCUCAUAUUGUGUUGAGUAGAGUAUGUUGCUCAUUACAUUAUCAUGCCAAAAGAAAGUAUUAAUAGUAUCAGUUGUUUCUUCUGUGUGAUCCAUGUUGUUUUCUAAUAGACUGGAUUAGCACCUUGUAUACAACCUCGCCAUAUUUAUAUGUUUAUUAUAAUGAACAACAAAUAAUAAAUCUGUGUCGAGUAAUUUAAUCUGAUGUAAGGGGACUCUCCGUGCACUUGCAUUUUAUUCAUUAGAACAUAUUUAGAUUUUUUGUAAAAAUAUAUUUUUGUUCAUAUCUGUUACAAUGUGUGUUCUGUGUGUGUGUGUGCUUUAUUAGAGGAAAUAAAUAUAUACUUGUUGAAAUAAUAAAAUGUUUGAAAAG